UUUUUAUUUAUCCGAUUAUAAUCUACUUUACAUCUAAGUCAUAUAUAUAUAGUUAUAUACUAUUGAUUUUUGUUAAAUUUGUGGUGUUAAAACUUCAUGUAGAAUUGGGUUUUUGAAUAUCAACUGAUUUGAGUUUAAUAGAAGAUAAAUUUUUGGGCUUUGUGCCUUUCAACAAAUCAACCAAGCAUUUGUUCCUUUUUUCCCUCUUUUUUAGUGAGGCUCUGAAUUGUUCUUCUUCUUUCUCAGCUUGUAAGGGAGAAUCAUGGGGUUGUUCUGUCAAUUUGAGGAAAUUUUCAUAAAUUGAACUUUUAAUUCUUCUAACCUUUCCCAUCUGUAGUUGGUUAGUUUAACUCUUAAACAUGGGAAGCAAUAGCUUUGGGUUAAAUUUUGUCACACUGCUUUGAUCAUCUUGUUGAUGAUGACUCUUAGCUUAAUUCAAUUUAAUAAAAUACUUUCUAAUGAAUGAUGAUAUGUAAAAGUAAUCUGUUGCAGAACAAAAAAAAUAUGGGUCUUGCUAACAAGUGGCCUAUGGCACAAGAAAAAGACAAAAAAGACAAAAAAAAAAGGGGGGAAAACAUGAUGCACUUUCACUAAAUUCAAUGUACUUUUUAACAUUUUCAUCUAUUUUAAAGACAUUUUUUACUCCAAUUCAAAUAUUAAACAAUGUAAGGGCACUAGUUAGCAUUUGCCAAAAAAUAUUACAUCCAGUUUAGUCCGCAUUGGAUGGAGGUCUGCGAGUGUUUAGAUUGGGUACAUACAUAAUUUUUUUUGGCAAUAUUUGCACAAAGUGGCUCCCCUCAAGUUUUGAACCCACAACCUCAAGGUUUGCAGAUCAGGUUUUAGAUGGAGAAGAUUGUCAACAUGGUAUUUGCAAUGCAUGGUUGAUCCCAAAUAGUUUGGCCUUGGAUGAGAUUUUUUGUUUGAGUUCAACUUGAAUCUGUCCAAGAUAUUGCAAUUGAAAAUAAACAUGUCGGUAGUCCGGGAGUACGGCCACGUGGUGCUCCAUGGUUGUAUGAUUGGUGCAGAAGGUGGAGUAUUGAUUAUUUAUGUUAGGUGAUUGAGGAACAUGAUCGGGUAUAAUGAAUGGUGAUUUGGGAUACAUUUGCAAUGCAUGUUAGGAUGCAAAAAUUAGAACUUCUCUCUUAGGUAAGUUUGGAGUGUCUAAGGAAACUGCAAUUAGAACUUCCAUGUUUUGUUUGUUAUUAUAAGCAAUGAAUUAACUCGAUCUUCUUGUCAUGCUGUAAGUUUCAUCUGAUUGCCAUGCUUUUUACUCAUAGAGAACUAAGGACAUCACCUAUUAGUUCCCUCUAUUCCUUUACCAUAUGAACUUUUUUUUAAUAUGAAAUUUCAACAUUAAGGCACAUCUAAAAAAAGAAAAAAAGGCGAUCCUGUACAAGAGACUCCAGCUAAAGCGGGGUUUGGGGAAGGAAGGCACAUUUAUGGAAUAUCAUAACUCUUGAGAAUACACACCAUUAAGGAAGUUAUUAUUCCACAUAGUCACUACAAAACUACUAGUUCUGUCACACUGCGCUCCAAAUUGUAGAACAUAAUUAGCUUCAUUUUAUUAGUCCCUAGAGUUGGGGUGAAGCUUAUUUAUGCAAAUUAAAAUGAUCUAUAUUCCACUAAAGCAGGCUUAACUUCAAAAGGGGUAAAUUUCAUUAAUUACCCUCCAAAUAAGACCAAAAUGUCACUUUGGUCCCCAUUUCCUAGAAAUAUGCUUGAAUUCUAAUAUUAUCCCUCUGUCAGUACUUGUCAUUAGGUUAGACUAAAACUGGGCAUGUGGUUAUCAUAUGAUCAAAUAAUUAGUUUAUUGAUCAUUUUCUACUUACUUUUGGCUAGCACUCUCCACCAUUUGAGUUUCAUCCAAAUUUCAUUUUUGGUCCUUGAAAUUUCAAUUGCAACUGUCUUACCUUUGAAUUUUUAGUAAAAUUUCAAUAUUAAUCUUGAUCAGUCAUUGCCUUCAAAUUAUAUACAAAUAGGCAUGCAGAAGGGAUAAAUGAUCAAUUUUGUUAAUGGAAAAUGGGAUGUUGGGUUUCAUUUUGUAGACAAAAAUAAGUUAAGGUAAAUAGUAUUGGCGGUUUUUCUGGGAUAAGAGAUGUGGAGGUCAAUUUUGUUUGAGAAAGAAAAAAUACGAUAGGUAUAAUGAAUUUCAUUGAUUGAGAUGCUUAGUGGAGGAUGAUAAGUUUAUUGUAAAAUGAGAAUGUGGGAUAUGAUGAUGAUGGGUUUUGUUAAUGGAAUAAGUGAUGGUGAAUUCCUUUUAGAGAAAGAAAGUGAAACUUGGAGGUAAUAUUUUAGGGGCCAAAUUCAAAUUUGGGUAAACUUGGAUGGUGUACUGUCAUUCAAAUGAAGGUAUUAAUGGUCAAUAAUAUUUUUAAGUAGGUUAUUGGACAGUCAAAUGCCUAAUUUCUAUUAAUUCAACUACAUUUAUUGACAAACAGAUGACAUUGAAUUUGGGUGCAACUUUGAGUGAACAUUGUUAAAAUUGAAAUCUUGCGGGCCCAAAUUGAAAUUGUGGCUUAACUUGGAGGGUGAUAAUGUAAAUUAUCCAUUCCUGAGAGAGGACAUAUGAAGGUGGAUUAUCUAUUUCUGAUUAUAGGUUUUCAAAUUGGGAGUAAACUUCAUGGAUGAUGGUCCUCGGGGAAUAAAAGUUUUUGGGGAUCAUUUUGAAGCUUCAACGCCUGGUGUGGACUCUCUUCAAAAGAAAAUUUCCUCUAUUGCACAUCCAAGAACAGAUAACACUUCGAGGUUGCAUCGCCGUUUGUGGGCUCGAAGAAAAUUAAGAAGUGCUGUGUCCAUGUUAAACUUGUUUAGUCUACGGGGACUACCAUGGGGAUCUGGCACCAAUGGUCAGGAAAAGGUUGUGUUAACAGCUGUGGAAAUACAAUCCCUUCGAUCUGAAAUUGCUGAUUUAGAAGAAAGAGAAGCUCAUUUGAAAGCUCAGUUGGAACAUGUUGAUGAAAUUUUGAGAUCUUCUCGUCUUUCAGGCUAUCUAUACAUCCGAACUAGAUGGGCAGCAUUACCUGGUGAACCUCCUCCUAUUGAUGAUACUGAAGUUGAUGACUGGCUUCCACGCUUUCUUGUCUUUCAUGGACCGUGUAUCUUCUUUUAUUUGUUGCCAACAGAUUUGAGUCCUCAGGACUCCACCCUACUAUCUGAUAUCACUGAAGUAGGUCCUCUGCCAUGCUUUACACGAGAAGAUGGGGAAACUCGAUAUUGCUUUUACAUCUUAACUGUUCAUGGGCUGCGAUAUGAGUGCUCAAGUGCUUCCAAAGUACAGCUGGACUCUUGGUUGACGACAUUACAAGUUGACUGCAAGUCAGAACCCGAUAGAACUGCUGUCAAUGAUUCAAGAAAGAAGUGAAAUCUUUUAUUCAUCUGUAACAGUAACUUGUAAAUAUGUCCAAAAUUUCAAGUAAAUUUACCUCGGAUUAACCGACAUGUAACUUAGCAGUGAUUUCGCGAAAUUUAAUCAUAAUGUUCUGUACAUAACAUGACAUUCUGGUGUAAUAAUAAAGGGUGUUGUAUCUACUGAUUUCAUUAAAA